CCCUCCGUUUGGAAGAGAAGAUAACCACAUCUGGAGGAAAAAUAUUUGCUACCAAUGGGAAAAAAGCUGACUUCCAUACUGCGGUGCAGAAAUGCAAAGAGGCCGGGGGGUCCCUGGCCGCCCCGGGGACGGAGGGCGAGAACGCUGCCGUGCUCUACUUGGUGAGGCGCUAUAACACGUACGCCUACCUGGGCAUAAAGGAGUCCCUGAUUCCAGGCAAGUUCCGCUCCCUCGGCGGGGCCGAGCUGAGUUACACGCACUGGCACGUAAGGGAACCGUCCGGCAAAGGGGAAGAGGAGUGUGUGGAGAUGUACACUGACGGCACCUGGAAUGACAAGAAAUGCAACCAGAAUCGCCUUAUUGUGUGCCAGUUUUAGU